GUGUCACUGUCAUUUUUGAAGCGAUAUUUUUCAAGUGAUCUGUGAUUUAAAAAAAUACCUAAACGACCUAACCUAAAAAUAAAAUCGUGAUAAUAAAAAUAUGGUUUAAGUGUUUGUAUUAUCAAGUUUUAUCAAAAAUCGUGAACGUGAACUCGUGAUUUAAAUUAGUGUUUCGUGAAUGUUUAUAAAACAAGGAGGACAUGAAAUCAAAAUCGUUUGAAUUGCCGAAAAGUUCGGCCGAAAAGGUGAAACAGAAAACAUACGACUUUGUGAACUUUUAUAAAUCUGAUUCUGAAGUUAAACUGAUCGAUAAACGCAAAUCUGACGAGGGAAGUAGCAAUGAGAAUGUGAUUUCAAAUAAAUUGCACACACCGAAGCGUGCAGCAUACAAAAAAAAUAAAAAGCCCCAAAACAAUAGUGUGAAUAUUUCUAAAAUAAACAUAGACGGUGAUAGUUUAGCAUGUGACGCUGAAAGCACUGUAUUAGACAAUUCUAAGGUAACAUCAACACCUAAAAUAGUAAACAAAGAUGUAAAAUCUAUAAUAAAAAAUAAAUCACUUUUAGAAAAUUCAAUGGAAGUCCCUGACGAAAGUGUAUCUCAUAAACCCAAAAAAAGGAAUAAGUCGGUCAGUUUCAUGUUAGAUGACUCUGAAGGAGUUGUCAUUAAGAGGACAAAAUCUGAGGAAAUUGUUAGUAAACCAGACAAAAUCAGCAAAAGAAAAAAGUCUAAAAGUUCUAAAAAGAAAGGACAAGAUGAAAAAGAAAAUGUAGAGAGCACAAGUAACACAGUCAUUGAUUUUGUCCCUACUAGUGAUAUAUCAAUGUCAAAUGUUAAUAUCAAUAACAAUAUUGAAAGCACUUCUAAUGCUAAUGAAACUAAAGAAAAACGAGAGAAGAAAAAACAAAAGAAGUUCAAAAAAGCUAAACCAGAUACAGUGGAAGGUGAAGAACCUGUUCAUCUAAAAAGUGAGGGCGAAGAAUCUAAAAUGAAAAAGAUUAAGAAGAAAAAACGUCACAUUACACCAGCUGUAUCUGACACAGAUGUCACAGAAGCAGAAGGUGAACCAGCUCAAAAGUCUUCCAAAAAGGAUGUAAAACCAGAUAAAAUAGUACAUGAUUUAGAAAAUUUAAAUAUUGGUGACAGUCCACAUACACUCACUAAUCUUUUAGAUGAGAUGACAGUUGUUGAUAAAAACAAAAAAAAGAAACAAAAAGAUAAAGGAAAGAAACAAAAGAAAGAUAAACCAACAAGCACAACCAGCACAAAUAAUGACGGUGAUAGUAUACAGAAAAAGAAAGGCAAGGAUAAAAAACGAAAGACAAAUAACUCAGUUGAUACAAAUAUAGAAGCUGAAGAUACAGAAGAGAAAGAGAAAGUGAAAUGGGUAAAACGAAAGUGGAACAAGGACAAAAAGGGUGAAGCGAACCUUGAUAGACAUUUGACGUCAGUUAUUAUUGAAAAUUUGCCCCUUAAGACCAUUUUCACAUACAAAAAGCUCUUGGCGGAUCAUUUUGAAAAAUUUGGACUUAUAAAACAGGUUGGAAUUGCUGAAAUGUAUCCAAUGGAAGACCCCAAGCCUGUGUUCUCCACUACCAUUAACUUCUACAGCGAAGACAGUGCAGAAAAGGCGUUAGAAGACGACAACACACUAUUUGAAGGCGCUCGCAUCCGUGUGAAGCGCCCGCUCGCGCCCACGCUCACGACGGUGGUGGUGCGCACGUACGCCGAGCUCACCGAGCAGGCGCUCAGCUCGGUGUUCAGCGCCGCCGGCCGCAUCCGCAGCAUCAGGCUGCUGAUCAAGGGGAGGAAGUCUGGAGCUACUGCAUUCAUAGAGUUCGACGGGCCGAAAUCGGUAGUACGCGCCAUACAAAUGGCGGAGGACGCUAAAAUUGGCGGGAAAAAGAUCCACGCCGCCAAGUUUGAACUGAGAGCCUCCAAUAAGAAACAGUACAAAACUGACGAGCACAAUGAAAACACUGACGAUUCUAAUUAAUAAUGUAUUGUUUUAAUUUUAACAAGUCUAGUGUGCAUCAUAGAUAUCUUUUCUAAGGUCUAAAUCGAAAUUAAUUUCAAGUAGAGUGUGAUACAGGAGAGAGAGUACCUUUUGCCAUUAUAAAAUUUAUUUUUACUGCACUGGGUUUGUUCAUAAUAAUCAAUGUAUGGUUAUUGAUACCAUAACCAUAAAACCUUUGUUCUUUGUAAAUUGAUAGUGAAAAAAAAAUUGGACAAUGUUGUGAUUAAAGUAAAAUUAUAAAAAAGGUAUAUGCAUGAUCAUUAACACAAUUUAAUUUUAGUGGUAAAAAUUAAAAAAUACCUACUUUGAAAUUUUUAUUACUGCACCUUUCAUCACAUUAUCACACUAAUAUUAUAAAGGCGAAAGUUUGUGUGAAAGUGUGUAUGUUUGUUACUCCUUUACGCUGCGGCUACUGAAGCGAUUUGGCUGAAAUUCGGAAUGGAAAUAGAUUCUGCUCUGGAUUAACACAGACUACUUUUUAUCCCGGAAAAAUCCAUGGUUCCCGCGGGAUUUGUGAAAAACUGAAUUCCACGCGGACGAAGUCGCGGGCGUCCGCUAGUGUUAAAUUAUAAUCAUAUCUACUGCAGAUUGCCUAUUCAAUAAAAAAAUGAAAUGUCUGUCUUUCUAUAUUUUUAUUGUUAUUGAUUAAUAUUGUUGUGGACUGUCAAUCUAAACAGUUGUUAUCCCGGUUUGGGUUAUUAUAAUUUUUUUGUUUUUUAAUGUACGUAUGAGGUAUAAAACUAGUAUAUUACCUUUCGAAUGCACUAGCAAAUAUAUCAACUAGUUACCAUCAGAUAAGAUAAAAGUUAACUGGAAAUAUCAAUCGAAAAACUAAUUGUCAGUUUAGGCCUAGAGUAAUGUUAUGUUGUAAAUUUCCACUAACACAUAUUUUUUUUUAUAAUACUAAGAGAGUAAAGUAGCAUGGUGCUCUUCAUAAUGGUCAUAUAUUUGUAUCUUAAUUCGUAGAAAUGGGUUCUUAUUACAUUCUCAAAAUAGUUUUAUACAUUAUACUAGCAUAUUAUCAAUGUAUAGUACAAAAUACUGUUAUUAAUUACUAUAUGAGAUCAGGAAUUGAACUGUUUUAGCAUUUUUACUGUACAGGUUGAUUGUAAGUUGUUAUACCUGGUAUAAGUUGAUUUUAAAAUAUUGUUUAAUUGCAGUGAUGUGAUGAUUGCUUGUGCUUUAUAAGUAAAAUUUUAUUAAGACAAUAAAAAA